AUGGAGAAUGCUACAAUCCAAUCAAUUCCUACGUUUUCAAGCCCCCCUUCCUUCAGGAUAUUUCGGUGUUCUUACCCCAGAGUCCUCGCCUAUCUCCUUAGAGCGGAUAUUUUAAACAGGGUCCGGAGAGGUAUCAUGGAUGGAGCCGAGGCAGCAGAAGGCCAUCACGAAGGGUUAGUUAUAACAUCAGAAGCAGAAAAUGAUGAAGAAGGGGAAGAAGUUCAUGUUCGAGAUGAAGAGGUGAAUUCAGCGGUUCUGGAAUCUUGGUCGUCGACUGGGGAUGAAGCAAACUCACGGCCUUUGAGGAAAGCAAAUGGGAUUGGUGAAAUCCUGACUUCUGGGAUUGUGAAAGUUGCUGCUAGAGUUCGAUGCUUCGUGGCCUUUGGAUGGGGGGCUUGGUCCGUCGGAGCGGUCGGUGGAGUUGUGGCGGCGGUGUUGAUGUCGUUGGUGUAUGCCAAGGUUAGGAGGUGGCGUACCAGAGUCAAGGGAGAGAAGAAGGAUCAAUUGGAGUUCUUAAUUCAAGAGAAAGAACAGAAGAUCAACCAGCUGUUGGUUCAAAUUGCUCACAUGAACGAGCUAUUAUCAGCACGACGCAGGGUUGCGGUGAUUCGAGUCAGCUGACUGACCCAUUUUCCUUGCCCAUUGAUCAACAUGGAAUGAAUUUGAUUCAGGAUUUCUCUGUAAUUUGAGUCUGCUUAUGAAUUUUACAAUUUUAUUCUGUGUAAGCAAGAGAAAACCAGAUAUUUGUACAAGUAGAUGAGUAUUACUAUUACCA